AUGAGACUCUCUGUAGGGACGACUACUUCAGAUCAAGACGAGACAGAGCAAUUUGGUGAGUGGUUAUUGAAAGUUGGUGAUGGUCUAAUAGGUGACAAUAUGGAUGGUGAAUCUGAGAUAUGUCUUCCAGGAGAUAUUGUUAUUCCUUCUUCGGACCAGGCAUUUGAUGAGUUAGUUCAUUUUUCUUAUCCAAAUAUUCUGGAAAACAUGUCCUCAAAGGAUUUUUUCAAAGCAAGAACUAUACUGGCUCCCACACUAGACAUCGUUGAAGAGGUCAACAACCAUCUGAUGGCUAUCAUUCCUGGAGGAGAAAAAUUAUAUCUUAGUUCGGAUUCCAUUUGUAUGGAUGAAGGGAAUAUGGAGAGUCAACUAGAUCUCUAUGGUCCUGAAUUACUAAAUAGCAUAAAUUGCUCUGGUUUGCCUCCACAUAAAUUAAUACUCAAGGUUGGUGUUCCGGUGAUGUUACUGAGGAAUAUUGACUAA